AUGGACAAAUAUGAAUUUAGAAAUAACUUUCGCCUGUCACGUCCGGCCUUCGUCAAACUUUGCCAAAUUCUCGAGCCUUACAUCAAGAAGGACACCUUUGCAAAGAACAUGAUACCGGUCCAGCAUCGUGUUUUAUUGACCCUGUAUUAUCUUGGUAAAGGAGUAAAUUUCAGGGCUGUUCCAAAUCAAUUCGGAGUUGCUGUUCCCACCGUCUCUGUGAUUGUCCAACAAAUAACAUCAGCCAUAAACAGACAUCUGCUUCCUGAUCUGAUUAAGUUUCCAACCACCGAAGAACAGCUCUCAGCAACGAUGAAAAUAUUUCAAUUUCCAAACUGCGUAGGUGCCAUCGAUGGUAGUCACAUCAACAUAAAAAAGCCAGUUGUGCAUCCAACUGAUUACUACAACCGUAAAGGAAACUAUAGUAUUCUGAUACAAGGUGUGUGUGAUAGUAACGGUAAAUUGUUAAGCAUUAGUUGUGGCCACCCUGGCUCCAUACAUGAUACACGAAUGCUGAGAAUAUCAACAUUUUACAACAACGUUCAAACUAAAAGGUAA